ACCAAGGAUUGGGGGCGAAGCGCCGUUGCUAGGAAACAAGAAUGAAACAAACGUAGUCGCUGAGAAUUCUCCGCGCUGCGCUCCCAGCUUCCCGGGAGCGGGGCCGGCCAUGGCGGCGCGGGGCCGCGAGAAGGAGCCGCCCGACCUGGUGCAUCAGAACCAGAUUUUCUGCGAGACCGUCCGGAAGGAGCUGCGGUGCCAGAAACUGCACACGGAGUACGGGGUCAACCCCCUCAAACGGGUUCACACUAUCACCAGGAAGCCAAUGUCUUGGCAUGAUAACAUAGAAGAGCCUGCGGAUGCCAAGUUUCUGAAUCUUAUUCACCAUGCUGCACUGGAGCCAACCAAGAAAUACACAGAGCCCCAGACAGAGAGCCAGGAAAUUGGCUGGAACAAUACUCCCUUGACUAGUGUGGACCGCACUGACCGCAGACUGUACUUCCCAUGUCGGAACAGUGAGAUCACCAAGUACAUGGCUGCCAUGUGGCGCCUGAAGGAGCAGAGUGAGAACAUGUAGUAGGGUGGUAGUAGCAACAUUGCUGUGCUAGGCAGAGUUGUGUGGUGUUGGAGUUUCUAAACAACGUUGCCAUCUCUUCAUUGCCAUGGGUAGAUUUCUAAGCAAGGGAGGAGGACGCCCUAGCUGGGCCAUACCUCCUGGAAGCUGACAGCUGUUACAGAAAUAAACCCAUAUGAAAGUUC